CCUGUUUAAGAAAGUUUAUUACUGUUCUGUAGCUAAUACGCCUUUUUAUUAUUUCAGUUUUGGUAACAUAAUAUCAAAUAUGAAAGUUGCCAGGUCUGCUACAGCCCGAGUUAGUAUAAGACCAGAGCAUCAGAUUAAGUUUGAUGAAGGAUUUGACAAUUAUCUUGGCCAGGAGAAGACUGCUCCUCUUAGAAAAAGUCUUAGGAAAGAUUUAUUCAAGGGGAAGAGACUCGAUAUUUUUGACAUUAAGGCAGUUACUGAAGAAGCACCUGUAACAGACACCUCACCUUCACUUUGGGAUGUGGAAUUUGCCAAGCAGUUAGCCACAGUAAAUGAACAGCCCUUUCAAAAUGGGUUUGAGGAGAUGAUCCAGUGGACUAAAGAGGGUAAACUGUGGGAGUUCCCUAUUAACAAUGAAGCAGGUUUUGAUGAUGAUGGUUCAGAAUUUCAUGAACAUAUAUUUCUGGAUAAAUACCUGGAGGGUUUUCCAAAGCAAGGACCAAUUCGCCACUUCAUGGAGCUGGUGACGUGUGGCCUUUCCAAAAACCCAUAUCUGAGUGUUAAACAGAAGGUUGAGCACAUAGAGUGGUUUAGAAAUUAUUUUAAUGAAAAAAGGGACAUUCUAAAAGAAAGCAACGUACAGUUCAAUUAAAACCAUGGAAAUUUUUAUUUCAAACUGUUAGAGAUGGAUGUUACAACAAAAUAAAAUAAUUUUACU